AGGCAGGCUUUGCCUUUUCUGGAAGUUGAAGUCGCUGAAAGAACAAGCAGGAAUUCUUCGUGCUGCAGAAGGGCUGAGAUAUAAACCAGACUUUAGAGGUUGAUACAUGAAGAGAGGGGAGACGCCGCCGUCCAUGGACUAAACUUCAGCUACUGCUACGUGACGAAGUGACGACAAUCUUUUGGCCAUCAUGGACGAUGACUUUGACCGCCGCAUGGAGCAGAGGAGGCAGAGGAGAGAGCAGAUGCGCGUCGACAUUGACAAGGAGGGUUACGCCAAUGACGAUGAGGAGGAGGCUCGGGAGCAAAGGAGACGUGCAAGGGAGGAGAGGAAGAAGAUGAGGGACUCAGACGAGCCUGAAGCCGCUGAUGUUAUCGACACUAACAGUGUGACGGAGACAGCCGGUGCCGAAGGUGCCGAUGAUGACCAGGUCUUGCUGGAACGCCUGGCCAAGAGGGAGGAACGCCGCCAGAAGAGAAUGCAGGAGGCCAUGGAGAGGCAGAAGGAGUCCGACCAAACCAUCAGCACCUCCAACGGCACAGACAGUGCACAUACAGAGGAAGAGGAGGAGGAGAAGGAGGAUAAAGAUGAUGAUGAGAAACCAGCCCAAGAGGAUGUGGCCGACACUGAUACUAACUCCUGGAGGAAAGAGGAAGAGGGCGAAAAGGAAGAUGAGACGGAAUCAAGAACAGCAAGCAUAAUAAACGAGGAGAUUCUGGAGAAGGCUUCAGCAACAGAAGUAGAGGUUGAGCAGCCUGAUUUAGGAAAGAAUGAUGCUGAGGAGGAGGAGGCUGUUCCUGAUAUGGACAAGGAGGAAGAUGAAUGGAAGAGGAAAGAAGAAGAGGAGAGGCAGAACACAGAAACGGAAGAAAAGAUGAGGAUAGAGGAGGAAGAAAGGCAACAAAAGGAAAUGCAGGAAAAGAUCAAUAAAGAGGAAGAAGAAAGGCAGCUCAAUGAGGAGGAGGAGAGGAAGAGGAGAGAGGAAGAAAAUCAACAAAUGGAAAUGGAAGAGAGGCUGAGAAAAGAGGAGGAAGAAAAACUAAAAAAGGAAAAGGAAGACAAAAUGAAAACAGAAGAGGAGGAAAAACAGAAAAGGGAGAUAGAAGAGAGACGGCAGAAAGAGGAGGAGGAGAAACAGAAAAAGGAGAUGGAGCAAAAGAAGAAGAAAGAAGUGGAAGAAAAACGCCAGAAAGAGCUGGAAGAGAAGAAGAAGAAGAAGAAGGAGGAGGAGGAAGAGAAGCAGAAGAAGAAAGAGCUGGAGGAGAAUAAGAAGAAAGAAGAAGAGGAAAAGCGGAAAAAGGAGGCAGAAGAGAAGAAGAAAAAAGAUGAAGAGGACAAGCGCAAAAAGAGAGAGCUGGAAGAGAAGACAAAGAAAGACGAGGAGGAGAAGCCAAAACGAUUUGGUUUUAAGGAAAAGAAUGAACCCCCCAAACAGAACGGAGGGCUCUUUGAGAAUAAACUGAAGAAAACAGAGAAGAUUUCAAGGGACAACGCUCCCUUUAGCAAGGCAGCUGGUGCGGAGCAACAAGAGGCCGACCGGAAGCUGCAGGAGCUGAAGCGCCGGCGAAACGACACCGAAAGCGAAGACUUUGAGAAGAUGAAGCUGAAGCAGCAGGAUGCAGAGGCCGAGCUGGAGGAGCUGAAGAAGAAGAGAGAGGACAGAAGGAAGGUCGUGGAGGAAGAGGAGAAGCAGAAGAAACAGGAGCAGGAGGACAAGAAAGCCAAAGAACAGGAGGAGAGGAAGAAGAUGAAGGAGGAGAUAGAGAAGAGGAGGGCCGAGGCUGCAGAGAAGAAGAAACAGAAGGAGGAGGAGUCUCCAGCAGUUGCCUUUACCAUUAGUCCCAAAGGCUCCUCAAAGAUCGGGGCGAAGGCAGAAUUCUUGAACAAAUCAGCCCAGAAAAGCACCGGAGGCCGAGCGUUUCUCUCUCCAAUUGUCUCCAAGAUCGGCAACAGACUGGAACAGUACACCUCUGCCAUCCAGGGAAACAAGGACGUCAAAUCCCCAAAGUCUCCGAUGGUGGAUAUUCCUACAGGAGGCGCACGCAGCAUCAAGAGCAUGUGGGAGAAAGGCAACGUCGGCAGCUCCUCUGAUAGUCCAACUCCUGCCAACAAGGAUGUAGCCGGUAUCAAAGGCGGGGUGGCCGGACGUUGGAUGGCAAAGCCUCCAGAGCCGGAGAAGACUCCAGCACCUGCACCAGCACCAGCGGCGGCCGCAGCAUCACCGGCUCCAGCUCCAGCACCAGCACCAGCACCAGCACCAGCAAAGCCAGCAGAUGUGAAACCAGGUGACAUCGGUAACAAGCGAGGCAUGUGGGAAACCAAGAAGAGCUCUGCACCUGCAAAGGUGCCGGUCGGAGUCAAGAGCAAGUUUGUCACUAACAGUGUGAGGCCUUAACCUUUGACCUCCCCAUUUCAAUCAAGUCUCACCCAACACAAAGCGCCGCUACUGUAUCGGCAUCCAUUUCCCUUCCACGUUCCGGAGUGAGGAAAACACGAGGGACCAGGAUGAGUGACGCCAGGAUCAAAGUCUCAAGAGGGUUUUCUUUUUUUUUCAUCAGACUUGACUUCAAUAGGAAAGUCACAAACAGAUGUCACACGUAGUAACGGUUUUCAGGACAAAGCACCACAUGUGUAACGCUUAAUAGGUGAUGGGUUGUUGUUUCAAUCGAGGUUCCACAUUUCAGACGGCUGUCAGGAAGCUUCGAUGUUAUUUUGCUUUCAAGCCACACCGAGGCGUCUGCUCUUCUUGUGUUUCCUUAUAAAGUUCAGUUUAUAUAGCUUCAACACAAUUACAGGCUUUAGUGUUUUGUUGUUGUACACACUCACUGCUUUUUGGGAUGACUAUAUUGACUCUGUGAUAACCAAGGUUGUUUAAUGUCCAUCUCACCACUUGCACUGCCACUAAGAUGGAUUUUGGCUGAUUAGCCUGUACAUAAUUAAAUAAUUUCAGAAGUACCAUUUUAUAAUAAAGCACCCUUUGUGAAGGGAUUAUUAACAGUAACAAAUGACCUCUUUGGUCGAGACCGAAAUAUCUCAAACGUUGGAUGCAUUUCCACAAAGUUUGGUACAGACAUUCAUGGUGCCCAGAGGAUGAACCCGAACGACAACUCUGGAUGAAUUGGUGUCAAUUUUGUGAAGUUUCUUGACAAUAAUUGAAUGCAUUGUCAUGCAAUUUGGUACAAACAUUCAUGUCUCUAGUGUUCCCCCAAUGUUUCAUUUAGCGCCAUCAUCAGCUCAGGAUUCCAACUUGAAUGGAUUAUUGUAAUAAUAUAUAUAUUUUUUAAACAGCAGACUUCAUGGCUCAUGAGAAAAUGUGCAGCAUGAGUCACAAAGUUCAUAAACCCCACAUAAAGGGUGCCGUAUGAUAAUGUGGCACAUUCAGCCCGAGACUGCAGAAAGACAAAGUGUGUCAAUGUUUCUGUCAGCAACACAUGGGUUUGGUACCCGUUGGGCAUUAGUUAACUGCGGUGGAUUAAAAAUCAUAUUAUUAUGUAAUAUAAGCAUGAAUAAAGACUAUGAAUUCACUUGUAAGCGAGUACUGUAACAACUGUCCAGUAAGCAAAUGCAUUUCUAUAACAGGCAGUGAUACGUUUCUAUCAUCCGUUUACAUGCCAGUAACAGCUGUUUAAUUGCACUGUGAUAAAAGUGUUUAAGGAAACGGUAAAAUGCACUUAGUUCUAGUUUGAGUUCCCGUCAGUCAGCAGUCGGCACGAGUUGCAUCCUGCCAAAUUGUCCCGGAGUCUUUCAGAUGUGGAUUGCUUCGUUUGAAGGUUUUGAAUUUAUCGUUUGUAUUUGCUUCAACAAUAAAUAAAAAAAAGUAAAAAAUG